AUGGGUGAGCCUCAUAGCCGAAUAGAGGAAGAAUCUCCUGCCCAGCUCCCCCUCCUUGUUACAACGCAAACACAAGAAGAAGAGGAAAAGGAUUACCAUCUGGAUCGAAUUCUUCAUCGUUUAGAUGUUUUCCUAUGUUUCUUCGGCUUCCAUCAAUCCUCUGUACUGGGCUUUCUCCUUUCUUGGGCUGUAUUUCUUCUCUUUGGUGUUUCAGUCCCAGUUGUGAUACUUAAGCUCUUAAGUUGUUCCAACUGCGAGAAGUAUCAGAUAUACAACUUCGAGCUCGACAUCAUCGUCUCUCAGUCUUGUCUUACUGCUGUUUCCCUUGGUUGUAUUUCUCACAAUCUUCGUAAGUAUGGUAUUCGGAAAUUCCUCUUUGUUGAUCGGUUUCACGGCCAUAUGCUCAGUUUCCGCAAGGAGUACAUCGAGAUGAUCGAGGGCUUCUUCCGCUUGCUUGUUUACUGGAUGUUGCCCUGCUUCCUUCUGAAGAUUGCGCAUGAGGUGAUUCGUAUUAUAUAUGUGUAUCAUCAUUCCUGGUGGCAAUCUGUUGGUAUGUUUCUAGCCAUGAUUUUAUCAUGGGCUUAUUUGACCACGAUCUCUCUAUCAGCUUGCCUAUUGUUCAACUUGGUGUGCAAUUUGCAAGUUAUCCACUUAGACAAUUAUGGGAAGCUUUUGGAAAGGGAUUCUGAUGUUUCAGUCUUCAUCGAGGAGCACCUUCGUCUAAGGCAUCAUCUCUCUAAAAUAAGCCAUAGGUUCCGGAUUUUUCUUCUUCUGGCAUGCCUAAUCGUGACGGCAAGUCAAGUUGUGACUCUCUUCUGGGUUACAGGAUCUAGUGGAAUCAUCAAUUUCAUCAAUGGGGGUGAUUUUGCAGUCGCCUCAAUUGUUCAGGUUGUUGGAAUAGUUCUUUGCUUGAAUGCAGCUGCCAAGAUUUCCAGUAGAGUUCAAGGCAUCGUAUCAGUUGCAUGUAGAUGGCAUGCUCUAGUAACAUGCAAUUCUACCGAUGCUUCUGAAUCAGGGUUCUCAAAUAGUGCGGGGAACUUGGAGGCCAUGAAUUCAGCUGGCUCAUUACGUAUAAACUACUCUGAAAGUGAUUUGGAGUCGGUAGAUUAUUUUGCACCUCCCAUGAAUACACGACCAGUGUCCUAUUUAUCCACUUACCACAAGAGACAAUCCUUUGUGACAUAUUUGCAGUCAAAUCCUGGUGGGAUCACCAUUUUUGGAUGGGUAAUCGACCGGGCACUUAUUAACACCAUCUUCUUCCUUGAGUUUUCAUUGGUACUUUUUGUACUUGGAAAGACGUUAGUUUUGACUACGAAAUGACAGCCCUAUCGCCACCAUAUCUUUCCUCCUAGAACAUGAUCACUUGGCAGACAAGAAUUAUGAAACCCAUUUCCAGAUCGUGAAAGCUCCAGUCCUGUAAAAAUCCCACCUUUGGGGGUUUUUUUUUCCUGAUAUUUAUGGCAUCUACCAGAAGAAGGUGAAGUACCUGUGCUGCAUUUUCUUGUGUUUUUUGGACUUUCAAGUAUGUCCUACCCAGGUGGCAUGAUUACUCACCUACAAGAUU